GUCUAGGUCACCUGUCUUAGGACCGUAAUUCCGUUAUGUUACUAGUCACCAUGUCACAUUAAUCACUUCAUUUCUUUACAAGUGAUCUAGAAAAUCCUGCAUAUUUUUUUCGACAUGCCUGCGUUGACUUUCUUGGGUAGGACGUGGGCUUUCGCGUCCGACGACUUUGUUUGUACUGGUAUUGUUAACUUUUUAUUGAGGAUCUUGUGCGUUUUCAUCAUGGUUAUGCCGCUCACGAUAGCCAACGAUCCAACUGUUUGUCUUCCAAAUGUAAUAGACAAGAUUUUCUGUGUGCUUCUGUUUCUUAUAAUGGGAGCUUUACUGUUUUUUGACGCAGCACUAUCAUUUUCAAGCAGCAAGGGUGGAGUGAUGGAAACCAGUUUGCGUUCACCUGUCCCUUUUUUCCUCGGGGCAGUUAGCAUAUUUUCCAUUGUAUCGUCAGUCCUGCAUUGUGUUAACUUGUAUUUAGUUGUUAAUAAAUACACGUUGUGUGAAAAACAGGUUGUUGAUUGCUAUAUAGCAGGGAACGCCAUUGCGGUAGCUCAUGUGAUUGGUUUCUACUUUUUUCUAAUGUUACACUAUCGUAAGGCUGGUGCCUUUUGGAGCCGAUUGACUAACGACCCUACUGUAUUCAAGCAGGGUUGUCUGAAUCCAAAUGUUAAUCUUUCCACGAAGCAGUUAGUGAUGCUUAAGCGAAGAAAGGCUGUUCAACGGAAGUUGGAAUGUUUACGGGCCUUUCGUCGCUUACCUUUUUGUAAAACUGAUCGGUCGACAAUGCAAACUGAUAAAACAAUAAUCACUUCCGCAGCGGCUUUGUUUUCAGAUAUAUUUUACGAUGUAGACUUAGUCGCAAGUGAUAUAGUCGCAGGCCUCUUUCUUCUACGAUGGCAAACUAAACAGUGGGUUGGUACCGGUCAUCGUAUUCCUUUAAGCUUAAUAUAUCAAGAUACUUCUCCUUCGGAUUUAAACGUUGAUAUCUUGGUGAAAGGUGACCAGAUCCCGGAUCCAUGGCUCGGUAUUCAAAGAAUAUAUCGAAUUGCCGAAUUAGUAACUGCAGUCUACGGAAAGUUAUUAUACUAUAGCAUGAAUCUUGGUAAACCAGGUGCCACUUGUAGACUGCUUCAUCAUUUACCUUGUUGUUUAAAUUCUUGUAAUCCUGUAUCAUCUGGAAAUACAAAACUUAGUUGUUGUAUAUGCUCAAAAUAUACAUGCGAUCUGGCAGCUAUACUCGAGUUCACUUGUUUAAGAGAAGAUCAGUUUAUUAAACUGUCUUAUGAUAAUUCAGUUUACCAAUCUCCUUACUUUGUAGCAGUCGAUGAUUUUAGUAAAUGUAUUGUUAUCUCUAUCCGUGGUACUUUGUCGUUCGAUGACACUAUAGUCGACUUGCUGUACGAUGGUGUACGAUUGAGUGAAGUUGAAGAUUUUGUCGAAUCAAAAACGGGUAGACGACCAUGUUUUAUUGGACAUCGUGGUAUGGUAGAACGAGCAAGACAUUUAUACAGUUGUUUACUAACUGAUCAUUCAAUUGAAACGGCAUUUGGUAAAAAACCACAAUAUAAAUUAGUGGUAUGUGGUCAUAGUCUGGGUGCUGGCAUUGCAUCUUUUCUUUCGGUCAUCCUACACUGUAAAUAUCCUGAUGUGAAAGGUUAUGCUUUCAGUGCACCUUUGGGUAUGAUGAAUCAAGAACUAGCCGACUAUUGUAAACCUUUUCUACUAUCCAUCAUCUAUGGAUACGACAUUUUCGCACGUAUGAAUAAAUCAACGAUAUCGGAUUUCAAGUGGAGACUAAUUGAUGCUUUAUCUGCUUGUAAAGUACCCAAGCAUCGUCUUUUAAGUCGGGGAUUAUUUUUAUGCAUGCGCCGUUGUUUGUUUAGAUGGUGUUUACCUCAAUGUUUUCAACCAGAAUCUUCAACAACUGUUGGUAGUGAUACUCUACUACUGGAUGCAAGCACUCAAGAGCGUUUAAUUUACUCCCUUCCACAAAUUCCAUGUGAUAAUGACGAAAUGCGAAUUCGGUUCUCAGUAGAUGAUGAUACUUCCAAUUCAGAUUCCACGAGUGCUUAUUGUACUGCACGAUCCAGUCGUUUUCGUCCUGGUCCACGUUCAAUUUUGUGCUGGAUCAAUCCUAAUAGUCUUCCAACAUAUUCCCAAUCUAAAAUGCCUGUUUCACAUGUUCAAUAUCCAAACAAUAACAAUACUGAAAUAAAUUCGUGCUCUUCUAAUGAAAUUCAGUCGCGUGAUCUUGAAUCAUAUGAUCUAUCUAACAGUGUGUUUGGUGGUUUAGUGCUUCAUUUAGUCGAUGUUAAGGUUGAUACAGUUGUCGAUGACAGUUCUGGUUUCGUGAUAGAUGGAAAUAAUUCUCAAGGAAAUAUCGAAUGCACUUCACCAAAUUGUAGUUCUAGAGUGGAAAAGAUGUUUUCAGCAAAGUCUGGUAAAAUGGGUGCAUGGUACGUUUUUGUAAAUGACUUCUCUCGUAUAACUGUAUAUAAUUAAAUGGAAUGAUCAUUAUUUGUGUUAGGAUUAUUAGUCGUAAUCAUUUACAAGAAAAUUAGUGCACGUGUUAUUGAUUCCCAACAGUCAAUAAUUUCUUCUACAAAACUAAUGCAUCUCACAUAGGAGGUAAACAUAUGUCCUGCGUUAUAUAAACUUGAUUUCUAUUUUUAAUAGAACGGUUGCAAAUAUCUAUUAUUUAAUGUUUUUUGGGGAUGAUGGGUCCCGUAUUUACAGUUAUUUUUUAUGCUGAGAAUCCUAAGUCAUGAACGUUUUUAGAAAUUGGAUAGUUCCAAUGUUCACUGUAUGUAUCAGACAAUAUUUCAGUGAUAAAGCAGUUUUUAUUUUAAACUAUUGACAAAUUAAACAGUUAAAUAUGGAAAAUGAUUAUUUUCAUUUUACGAAAAAAAUGAUUUUCAGUCUAAAACAGAAGUACUUCUUCUGUCAUCCCUAACUUUUAUGUGUUCUCUUUUAUUAAAUCAUUAAGUAUUUCUUAAUAUGCUUUUAGCUCCAUUUUAUAGCUUGGACAGCAGAAAUCACGUGACUACAGACAUUUAUCCAACCAGCGGUCAUAGCAAACGUGAUAUUAGGGUUAAAUACAUUAAUAUAUUUUCAAUCAUUAAACUCUUGAAAUGAUAGUGAAAAAGUACUUUUUUCUCAUCAUUGUCUGUUUAAAUCAUGUAUAACAGAUAAAUCGUAACCAUCAACCCCUAUUCUCGAAACAAAUGUUAACCUGAUGGCGCUGUAUUUCAUAGAAGAACUAAUCAGUUAGCUCCCCUCGUAUUUUUGAGUGAAAUCAGUCAUUGACAUGGCUACAUAGCAUUUUACAUUAUAGUUGUGUCAGCUUGUGAUGAGAACCCAAAGCCUAAACACCUAACCCCAACUGGGAACAAUCUGGUGACUUAAAAGUGUUUGGUUCCUUUUAAGGGUCCUAGAAAAUGGAAAAUCCAUGGAUGAGUUGAUAUGCCGUCGUUCUUUUGAAUCUAAACCAGAGUAAGUCGUAGAAGAAAUUAAUAAUUAUAUUAUUUAUGUAAAAUCUAGGCAAGACUAUGCUAUACCGAAGACCUACAGUGAAUUUAUGGGUGGCCUUGAGAGUAAGAAAACGAUAGGAUUACUGAAGGUUGAGAGUUAAAAUCAUAAAUAAACUUAUCAAUGCUAAAUAUCGUUAAUUCAAGCUAGAUAUCAUAGUUCUGUUAUCAGGAUAGACCCUAAUUCGUAGCCUUAUGUUAAUUAAAUGCUAACGACCCUAUAACUCCUAGGUACCAGAUUCUAACCCUAAAGCUCCUAAACACCAACGCCCAACCUUCACACUCAUAAUCCAAACAAACUGACGUUGAUAGCUCAUUCUAUAAGGUAAUCACCAUCCAGUCCUUUCAAAAUUUGAAAUAUAAUAAAAAUCACGAAAUUUAUAAGCAAAAUAUCCACAACAGCGUUUUAAAUUCGCACAUCAGCCCGCUUAAUUGUGAUUGAUCGCUAAAGGUCGUCUAUGUGGUGUAGUCUUACCACGUCAUAAAAAGUAAACGUGAUAGGUAAUACUGGAAUAAAUAACAGUUAGUUCAAUCAAGAUAACCUAGAAUAUUUUUUUUCUCCUUGCUACAAAGCAUGUAAUAUUAUUGCUUGUUUUCAAAAUAUUUAUUUACUCAUUCAAAUACAAGUAUGUGUACAAACGGAUGCCAAAAUGUAUAUUCUCCACACAGUAAAAAGCAGAUUAUAAAGAAAUAGAAGAAAAAAGGUGAGUAUAAUAAGAGAGGGAACAAAAAUUAAUAAAAAAUAGUGAAUGACAGCAGAAAAGGUGAAGGAGGCAGUUCGUUUUAUAAAAAUACAACUAGGAAGGGAACCUUCAGUCAAAGACGUUCGUCUCACUCUUAUGUAAAGAAUAAAAGAAUAUUACAGCAGGAUCGCCGCUGCAUGUUGUUCUGAAUAAAUGUCUGGUAAGGUAUCAAGUCACUGUGUUGCGCUAUCUUUAGGACUUUAAUAAGGGAGUCGUGAAGGACCAACGGAUUUUAGUCUCGUACAGCUUUCUUUCACACCAUAAUAACUUCAGCAAGAUUAUCUCAGGUGUUAAUAGAUAUAUGCGGGCGAAUGUCACUUUCCGGUCACCCAGACCGUGGAAAGAUAUUUGUUCUUGAGGGACCUGAAAAAGAAACUGGAUUAGUGGUGGUCUUAGUGACCUGGGAGCGUGACUGCAGAGCCCUAGGAAUAACUCCUUGAGGCCGGUCACGCAUGGCCUUUUUAUGGGAAGUUUUAACGUGUUAGCUCCGGUGAGGUGUGACAUUUCUAGGGUCGACCUUUUCUCAUCCCUUCCUUCCUUGUGAGAAGGCAGCAUCGCUGCAGAUGCUGGUUGUCCGAGGGAAACACCUUACUGCUGUCAUACCCCUCUACAGUCAUCAGUACGAAUUCGCCCUCAGACCUUGAGUUGCUGCUUUUAUUCUUACCGUUUUCUAAUCGACCUGUCUGGCAUGAUAGGACCUAUAGGAACAUAUGUUCCAGCCAAUAUAGCUCUGUUGAGUUAUCAAGAUAGGCAUACUCGACCACUACGUUAAGGUAUCAGUUACGGUCAGGAAAUUUAUAUAUAUAUAUAUAUAUAUA